UCUAUUAUUAUAUUUUACUGGGAGAAGAGUUCAGUGCCCAAAUCUUGUGCACUCCCUAAGCUUCAAACUUCGAAGCCAAGCUACUUGCCUACUUCCUACCCAGAGUGGGGAAUUUCCCGUUGCAGGGGAGAGAACGAGAGGAUUUUGCUGUGGCAGCCUCGAUGGCCAAGCCUAGCCGAUCCAGAGACCUCGACAAGCUCCUCCUCAGGCCCGGCCUCCUUGUCGCCCCUUCCUUCGUUCCGGGAACUCAAUUGAGAGACGACCUCGCAGAAUAUGCGCGCGUGUUGGUUGUGGGAGCCGGUGGAUUGGGAUGUGAGCUGCUAAAGGACUUGGCUUUAUCGGGAUUUAAGAAGCUAGAAGUCAUCGAUAUGGACCGCAUUGAGGUCACCAAUCUCAAUCGCCAAUUCCUCUUCAGGCUUGAAGACGUUGGGAAACCAAAAGCUGAGGUGGCAGCCAAGCGUGUCAUGGAAAGAGUUAGUGGUGUGGAAAUUGUGCCGCAUUUUUCCCGGAUUGAGGACAAGGAACUUGAAUUUUAUAAUGAUUUUAGCAUUAUUGUGCUUGGUCUUGAUUCCAUUGAGGCUCGAAGCUACAUAAAUGCUGUAGCUUGUAGUUUCCUUGAGUAUGAUUCUGAUGACAAUCCACAAGAAGACACUGUCAAACCAAUGGUCGAUGGGGGUACUGAGGGUUUUAAGGGCCAUGCCAGGGUAAUUAUACCAGGGACCACACCAUGCUUUGAGUGUACCAUAUGGCUUUUCCCACCCCAAGUGAAGUUUCCUCUAUGCACUCUUGCGGAAACCCCUAGAACUGCUGCUCAUUGUAUUGAGUAUGCACACUUAAUUAAAUGGGAUGAGGUUCAUAGUGGAAAGACAUUUGAUCCUGACGAGUCAGAACAUAUGAAAUGGGUCUACGAUGAGGCUGUCAAGAGAGCUGAGCUUUUUGGCAUUCCAGGGGUUACAUAUUCCCUAACUCAGGGUGUAGUGAAAAACAUCAUACCAGCUAUUGCUUCUACCAAUGCAGUUAUAUCUGCUGCCUGUGCGCUGGAAACCUUGAAGAUUGCAUCAGGAUGCAGCAAAACCCUGGCCAACUAUUUAACAUAUAACGGCGUUGAAGGUCUCCACAUCAAAGUGACUGAAUUUGUCAAGGACAAGGACUGUCUUGUUUGUGGUCCAGGUGUUCUUAUUGAACUGGACACUUCAGUUACUUUACAAAAGUUUAUUCAUAUACUUGAAGGGUAUCCAACACUGCUUUUAUCGAAAGCUAGUGUCACACACCGAGGGAAGAAUCUCUACAUGCAGGCACCACCAGUUCUUGAAGAAAUGACUCGAUCCAACCUGAGUUUACCACUUUUCGAACUCAUGGGCAGAGUGUCCAAGGACGUCGUGCAUGUGUCUGGUACAACUACUAAGAAUGAAAAGAAAACCUCUUCUCUAAGAAAAUUAAGAGUUGUUUUCAAGGGAAUUGAUGGGGUAUUGGCUAUGGACACUGCUGGUGGGGCAUAAUUUUACGUGCCACACUUUGCUUUUACUUGAAAGGAGACAUCAGACAUCACUAGAGUUCUAAAAUUCUCUCCCCAGAUUUAACUGGAACCGUUGAGCCCGGUUGCAUAGCCUUCAUGUGUUAUAGUUUAUGCUAAGGAUGGCAUGCUUGUCUUUCAAAUUCAGUAUAGUUUAAUCCAAGAUUGCCUCUCAAGGAAAACACUGAGAAGUCAUGCAGAGGAACAGCUACGAAUACUGAUUUUGAAUCUCCUUUUGUGAGUGUUUUCACUUUUCAGUGUUGCAUUAGUACUAUUAACAGCUUUGUCAUCUUCAUGUUCUCUGAAGCAUGCAUUAACAUGCAUCUUUGUAAUGCAA